AUGACCCCGCUGGAGUUGGUGGUGGUAGCGGUAGCAGCGGCGGCGGCGGCAAGCCCCAGCCGCGCCAAGGGCGACGGGCGACAACUCCGGUCGAAUGAGGCUCCCCCCCCCCUCCCCCCUCGUGACCCCGCUGAUAUUUUGGAGUCGCUCACGCAGCCGGGGCCACCUGAGGAAGGCUUCCUGGCCCCCCAGGGUGCGAGCCGACGGUUCGAGUCCUACCCCCGGCGCAGCAGGGCAGCAAUGGAGUGCGAGCAGCAGCAGCCGCUGCCGUUUGACUGCCUGGCGCACGUGUUCACCUUCCUGCGAGCAGAGCAGCUGCUCAGGGCAGCGGUAGUCAACCGGUUGUGGAACGCUGUGGCCAACUCACCCGCGCUGUGGAGGUGCCUGUGCCGGCGCCGCUGGGCGUUCUGCCGCGUGGAGCGAGCGAGCGAGUGGAAGCGCUACUACCUGCGGCGCCAGGGGCUCGAGAGGGCGCUGGGCUGCGGGCGACCGGGCGCCGACUACACCUGCACCACGCUGAGGGGCCACGACGGCGCGAUCUCGGCCGUGUGCUACCUCUCGGACGGGGAACCGCGCAUCGACACGGCGCAGGGCGACGACGAUUACGACGACGAUUACGACGACGAUGGUCAGGAGAACGCGGAGAGAGGGAAGAGCGGAGCGAGCGCGUCGCGGCCAGAGAAAGCUCGACCCUUGACCUGCGUGUGCAGCGCCAGCAAGGAUGGCAGCGUGCGAGCGUGGGACGUGCACACGGGCCAGCAGCUGUGGCUGGCUGGGCAAGUGGGCGGCACGGCCGUGGAGUGCCUGGUGGCAGUGCCGACGCUGGGGCUCGUGGUGUCGGGGAGCCGGGCCGGAGAAGUCACGGUGUGGGAUGCGGCCGGAGGUCACGAGGUCGCGACCCGAGCUGACCCCACGCCCGGGGUCACGGUGCUCGCGACGUGCGCGUUGGAGGGCGGCCACUUCCUGCUAGCGGGCGGCAACAUGGGCACCUUGCGGGUACUGGCGCUGCCCUCCCUCGCCCCCGUGCGCAGCCUUCUCCUGGCCGAGGACCACGCGCUUAACCUGCUGGCGCCGGCGCCGGUCGGCACCGUGAUCCUGGUGGGUGCCACCCACAGCCCGGACGUGCCAGUGCAGCUGCUGGGCGUGCGAGCGUUGUGCACGGAGGACGAGGAGGAGGCACCUCCCGACCCCCGCCGGCCUCUGCCCCCGCGCCCCGCCAACUGGCGCCCCGAUCCCAUGGCGGCGAUGGUGACGGCGACGCUCCCGGAGCUCGCCGGUCUCGGCGUGCUGGCGGCGGCGUGGUUCCCCGCCAAACCGGCGCGCCUCGCCGCCGCCGUCGAGCUGGCCGAUGGGCAGCACGAGGUGCGCUGCUUCGACGUGGAGCUGGGCAAGGCCAGGCGCAAGGAGCACGUCGCCGUGAGCGAGGUGGCGGUGCGGUUCAUCAUUCCCAAGGAGCAGUGGGCGACGCAAGCGCCGUUCCUGCGCACAGCGAGCCACAACAUCGUCCUCACGACGCUCGGGCAGCAGCUGAGCGUGUGGGACGCGGCCACCGGGGGUCGCCUCGCGACGUUCAGCGACCACAAGCAGCAGAUCACCGGCAUCCACGUGGACCCGUUCCGUGUGGUGAGCUGCUCGCUUGACCUGUCCCUGCGCGUCUACACCUGGGCGCAAGCGGAGGCGGCGGAGGGAAUGGAGGCGGCAGCGGGGGCGGGACAGCAGCUGGUCAGCAAGUAUACCCUGCUGGGGGGGUCGCUGACCUGCUCGCGGGGCUUCAGGAACGUGGUGAGCGACUGCAGCAGCGUGGUUGGCGUGGUGCAGGCUAACAAUGGACGGGACGUUCUCAAGGCCUACAACUUCGGCUUGUAAGGGGCAGUCUCACACAAAGCACCGGUGUUUGCAUGGACCACCAAGUGGAGGAGUUAACGAGGAAUGCUGUCAGAGGGUGCUUACGUUGUGUCCUCAAAGAUAAUACACCGAAGGGAGUACAUUUGGCAUUUGAACGAUUUUCAUGGGACAGAGGCAAUCACUUGGGUUGCCAACUUUUCCACCACAGUCCCAACGCAGGCGUUUCUCAGUCAACCUCGGUCCAUUGUUAUCAAAACUGCGUGUAUCGGAGAGCCGACACGAGGUUGCAGGGGGUUCGUCCUUUAUUUCUUCUCCCUUCCGCUGUUCCCGCUCCACUGUCCCCCUCCUUUUGGAAGGAAUCCUUACCACCCCCCUCCCCAACACCCCUUACAUGCGUAUUAUAGUUCAACACAAUAACCGUUACCAGAUGUCGACGCACAUCAAUUCUUGCUGCCGGAAGAGAUGCCAGUUUUUAAAAUCCUUUAUAUUAAGUUUACGUGCGUGCUUGCUUGCUUCGGACCGUGCAAAUCUUUCGGUCGUUUUUUAACCCACUUCCCGUGAUCCAAUCGAGCUGACAUUUUGCACAGACUCGUUGUGCUUGGCAAUUAAUUUUAAUGAAAAUUUUUUUUCAAAAUUUUACACUGUUUAGGGAAAUGUUUCAAAAUGUUUAAUUACCAAUUGCUUAAUUGUGGCAGAAAAUCAUCUGACCCAUAGGUGGCAGCCAUCUCAAGCCAGAGGACGAGAGGACUGUCGCCACCUAUUUCAUGAUGACGCAAAUGUUGACUAACCACAUGGCAUGAAAUCCCUGCCCCCAAGCUAGACAGUGGAGACUAUUUAUAGAGCAGUUAAAUUGAAGCCGCCAGGUUCUUGAAAGUGGUAAAACGGGUCAACGCUGGUGCCCUCGGGAAUAUACGGGGCAUGUCAAGAGGUGAUCUUUCAUUUUUAAAUCCUUUAUAUUAACUUCGCUUGCUUGCUUACUCAAGAAAAACUGAAAUAAAUAAUAAAAUGAAACCGAUGCCACGCAUAUAAAGGAUUUAUAGUGAAAAACUUUGUUUUUACGGGUGAAUUUUUUUUUUUGCUCGAACACGGGGAACAAAGAGUGGCAAAAAUCUUCAACCGCGAAGGUGCCAUGGUCCCACUCGGCAAGCUUUGCGGAACAUUUCCGUUCAGUCGUCUCCUGCAGGACGAUCGGAUGUUCAUGUCGUAGGUGGAUAUACUCUGCCCUGCAUCUACCUUGGGUCUUCUGGGGACCCACAAAUAUGGUGUGAAAAUGUUUGAAACUUGGAGGAACCGCAAAUGGUCAAUGGCCCAUCUACGCUGUGCAAUGCCAGGUUAGAACCCAAACGAUUGACCUUGCUUCUUUCGGUAAAGUCACGUCGGUAGAAAAAUAAUCGAUUACCCAAAGAGGAUGGAUUCCUGCAGUCAAGAAAGCUUCAAUUCAAGAUCGACCUUGCCUCGUUACAUUAUUUACUUGCACUUUUAAUUGGUUGCAUUGGCGCUUGUUUAAAGUUUUGUACAUUAGUGGUGGUUACCCCAUGCACAGUAAGAUAAUUAACAUUAUAAAAGGGUAAAUGGAUAUAAACUGUGCAACGGCCACCCAUUGACCUGUUGUUUUGAGAACACUGUAAUGUGCACGAAUAAAACUGCCUUGCUGUUAC